AUGUCAUUGCAAACGUGGCGAGCUCUGGUCGCACUGGGAUACCUCGUACUGUUGGCACUGGGAAUUGCAGGCGUCUGGUGUUUGGCCGUCGCACGCCAACUUUCUGACAACCCUGGCAAGUCUGAGCCCGACGAGCUAUUUGAGAAGCUGGGAGCCAACUGCACCAUCCUAACAGUCCGCCACGGCUUUGAAAGCCAACGGGACAAGACGGUAGACGACGGCGCAUUGUAUGAGUGGUGCCAAGACACUGUGGAGUACACCUUUGCUUACCAAAACCAGAGUACAGCGUAUUCAGAGUCGCCCCUGGUCUCACGGCGAAAUUAUCGCAAAUCCAAAGCAGCCUGGGUUUUUAGCCCCAUGGCGGAUGUGUGCCACGGUGCCGCUGGCUACCGGGACCCGGUGUGCGGCCAUUUAUGCAGUGUAGGCCAGGAGGUCUUCUGCUGGAAGCCGUUCGAAGAAGGCGCUCGUACUGCUUGGGCCGCCUGUGGAAAUCCGCAGUGCUUCAAGAUCAUGCCGCCCCAGCUGGUGCAAAGCAGAGCAAACUUGAAACUACACGAUGAUUAUGAGGCAGCCGGCUUGCUACUUCUGGUAGCUGGGUGUUGUUGUUGUGGUGUCAUGUGUGGCUGCCCAAAUUCAGAUGAAGACAAAGACUCCGAUUCUGAAUCGGGGUCGGACUGGUCCUGA